GCGAGAUCUCACUCAGUUCACUAACUUCAACCCUAUUGAUCACUUCACACUCCCCGCCCUCGGCUUCGGCAUCAUCACCGCUGUCUGUAUUCCACCUUUCUACCUCUUUCUAUUCUCUCUUAGACUUUUCAAUACGUUUUGGAGUGUAAAUCCUGUUCCUGGGACUAUCUCUCUCGGCCAGGCAUCUGUAGUUCAUCCUGUCCAGUUCACGCUUCGGCCCAUCUUGAUCUCACCAACGCCCCUCUUCUUUCUUUUCUCACCACCCUUUCCCGUCUCUUUUUGCUUUCCCUUUUUUUAUUUCAUUUCUGGUAUUUUGCUUAGUCCAAAGCCAAAAUGAGCUCCGGCAUACCGCCCUGGCGCGCCAGUGCGUCAGCAACCGUUACCACCGCUGUCUUUCCAAACCAUGCUACUCCGGCAUAUAUACCGGUUCAAGCACGCCGUAGCCUUACCAAACCAGCCUCGAGUUCCACUGCCCCUGUUUCAUCUCAGCCAGCAACGACCGCAGCAGACGCAGCCGACCGCAAGCGAGUAGAUUGGCCGGAUCCUGUCCGCACGUAUGUACAACGGAGUUUCGCUCCUGAUCAGCAAAUUCCGGGGGUCACUAGGGAGGAGAUGGAGACAAAGUUAAAAUCGGUCAUAACGAACGCAGCAGAGACCGACACGCUCGGCAAGAUUGAUUGGGAAACCCUACCAUUGCCCCAGAUCAUGGUGCAGAAUGAUAAAACCAGGAUAUUGGCCAAUCCCGAGGCCUCAACAUGGGGAUCGCCAUACGCUACUGCUCCAACAUACAAGCGAGAUAUACCUGGUGCCGACGACUUGUCUAGGAAAAGGAAGUCGGCUGAGUACCAAGCGGAUUCAAACGCCUACCCGCCGUGGAGGCAAACUAACAGAUCAAAUGCUUUUGAAGAUAGAAUCACUUAUUCCCCAACAGACAAACGGCAACGACUAGAUUUCAAAAACUCAAGUAGUAAGUCCAAAGCUAAUCUGGAGAUGCGGAAGAGACGUUUUGAGGACCCCAGAGGAGGAUAUGGAUCGUCGCCAUCGUCACGAGGCGCUUCUCCAACGCCCGCCCCAUCUGGCCCCGUGGUUGGAAGAUGUCAGGACCUGGAGAAGCGUUAUUUCCGUUUGACUUCGGCACCGAAUCCAGAUACAGUCCGGCCCCUAUCUGUACUUGUGAAGACCCUGGAUCUUCUAAAGAAGAAGUGGAAAAAGGACAACAACUAUACCUAUAUUUGUGACCAGUUCAAAUCGUUACGCCAGGACUUGACCGUGCAGCAUAUCAGGAACGAGUUUACCGUCAGUGUCUAUGAGAUCCACGCUCGUAUUGCUUUAGAGAAGGGAGACCUUGGUGAGUAUAAUCAGUGUCAGACACAGCUGCGAGCUCUGUACACGCAGCAGCUGGGAGGUCACCCGACCGAAUUCAAGGCAUAUCGCAUUCUCUACUUCAUCCACACGCGCAACUGGACGGCCAUGAACGAUGCGCUAGCCGAUCUAACCCCAGCAGACAAGCAGAGUGGUGCUGUCAAGCAUGCAUUGGAUGUUCGGUCUGCGCUGGCCCUUGGAAAUUACCACCGGUUUUUCCAACUUUAUCUUGAUACGCCGAAUAUGGGAGCUUACUUGAUGGAUAUGUUUGUUGAUCGUGAGCGACUAUCUGCUCUUUCCGCCAUUUGUAAAGCAUACAAGCCAGACGUAAACAUCCGCUUCAUCACUGAAGAGCUAGGCUUCGAGUCCGAUGAGCAGAGUGCGCGCUUCAUCCUGGACCAUAGCGCGGAGGACAUGCUAUUGGAACAAGAUGGAGCCGUCAGACUGCUUACAGGAGUCAGAACGGCUCAAUAUUUUGAGACGGCGAAAGCCAACGCCCAUCGCGUGAUUGAUAUCAAGGGUCAGAUAUAAGUGCCAUUUCUCGAUUUUCUCCAUUAACUACGCCCACAACUCACCUUGAUAAUACCUCCCGCACGCAUCGAUUCUCCUCCCCACCUUCCUCGCUGUUUUGACCUCAUUUCUUUUCACUUCUUUGCUUCUUUUCUCGCUCUGUUUGAAUUCAUUCUCGGGUGCCCGCAUUUCGCUUGGCCCCUGAGACAGUAUACCCCGUCAGUUGCAAAAGCCUCAGUACCUUCUACAUCUUUAUUCUGCGGUACGUUGGAGUUUGGGAGUGGAUGGAUGAGCAUAUUUCGGCCGAUUGUACACAGCCAAUGAAAUACAAAAAUGAAUAUUUAACCUUGGAGUCGUCUCUACUGGACCCCUUAAACCCCAGCACGUCAAUUCGACGUGUAGACUGUGGACGAGGCCAUGGACGCGUCGUAUUCACCGUGCCCAUAUCGCACUAGUAAAGCAGAUAGUAGCCGUUACGUAUCUCGAGAUAUUGUAUGGAUCAAAAGUGGACAAGA